GGGCCCCAGAUGCCAGCUCUUGGCGGGAACAUGUCUCCCGUGUUCUCCGAAGACUAUGACACGGACUCUAUUAAUAGUACCAAUUGUAGCAACACAACUGUGAUCCCCAGCCAGCCGACAGCUAGGUCGACGUCCGUCUCACCAUUACCAAACAUCGCAGUACUCGAAAUUCCCGUCUCACCGCCACCGGAGCCAAUAAUAGAGAUUCCCGAAUCACCGCCACAGCCUGUGCUUGCUGAUGAAAACCCCUACAUAAGUACCAAUAACUUGAUGGUGAUUCCCAGCCAGCCGGAUGUGAAGUCCGCGAGCGUCUCAUCAGGACCAAGCAUCACUUCGCCGCCACAAGAGGCAGUAAUCGCGAUGCCCGACUUACCACCGCGGUUAAUGCUAAAGAGAAGCUUUCGCUGCGCUGGUGAACCUUUCUUCUACUUAGUUAUGUUCGAGUUUGAGCACAUCACGUGCUUGAGUAGCUGCGCUGGUUCCUGCACUUUCCGAUUUCACGAGGACGAUCCCCGCAUCCAGGAUAUUUCCCAGGAAGCAUUACAAAGAGUAAAAGUAACACCAGCCGACAUAUGGUUUCGUGACAAGGAUCAAGGGAUUUUUGCGCAGAUUGAUCGAGUCAAGCGUGCUUGCAUGUGUAGCAUGUGUAAAGUGGAUGUUCUUAGAAGUACUUAAACACAGUAAACUUAUUUAUGCAAAUUAGUUUUAUCAACACAAAUGAAUUUCAGUCUCAAAAUUUUAUUUAAUAACGAGCCAAAAAUAUUAAUAAAACAUUUUACAUAUGUCA